AUGGCCGAUGCUGAAGCUGCUCAACAGAAUGCAGUGGUACGCGUCAUCGGUGCGGAUUCCGAUUUCGUGUACUUGAUGUGCUUCUAUCACGUGAUGACCAAGGUUCACGAAAGACUCAAGAGUGUCCCGGACCGCUUAAGCGAGCAGGUGAUGGCGGACAUUUAUGACCUUCAUUUCGCGACGACAUCAGCUGUUUAUGACGAACAAGUGAAACAAGUGCUGACAAAAUGGUCAGGUGACGAACACUUGGUUGGCUUUCAAGACUAUUUCGAGCGCACAUGGGUGCCAAGCGCAUUUUGGCGAUGGCAGUGUUUUCAUACGGCGAGUGGAUUUGCCACAACGAACAACCCGGUCGAGCAGUUCAACAGGUUGACAAAGCGUGACUACACUCUCCGAACGAAGCACAAGAUCGGACCAUUGGUCCAGUUGCUCGCGGAUUGCUGUCAGCAUCAAUCUGUCAUCCCCAAACCAAUCGAGGAAGCUCGAGUAAAAGAUUUCCGGCGCCGAGAUCUCCUUCUCGACAGGACUCCUGGACGGUCGAGCAUUGAGUUCUUGUUGGUUUCCCCGAACCCGAAUGAGGUUCGUGUAUUGUCGCGCGGCUGUUCUCGCGUUUAUCUACCUGAGUUGGGGCGUAGUAGAGAAACAGCCCCUGUCUCGGCUCAGAUGGGCACCAAUUACGCUCGCAUGGAGACUGAAGGUCAGCCGGAUGGUGGUUGGUACACUGGAUUGGACAGAAAGAGGACACUCGUGAAUCGCACAGUUGUGAGGAAACGCCGCCGUACUCAACAAGCAAGUUCUAACGGUUUGAGCUCCCGAGUUCCUGCUGGUCGUCCGCAGACGAACGGGCACGCACUUAGCUUGCGACAAACCUUCUUCAAAGUUUAA